GUUAUAGCUUUCCCAAGGCGCAGAGCACCUUCGUUGGAGCGUUCGUACUGGGCGAUGAAGUAAUGCGAUCACGUCUCGUCGCUACAUCUGCAUGACAUCUUCAAGGCGUACAGGACCUUCGGGCGUACAGGAUCUUCGUGGGAGCGUUCGUACUGGGAAAGAUACGGUGAAGCUGAUUUGGCCACGUUGGAUUACCAUCACCAGCAUGUACAUCUGGACGUCGCUCUUCGUACUCACCGAGGGACCAUGCUUCGUCGCCUGCGUCGGUCGCGAGUGUUUCGCGAGUGCACCGGGGAGGCUUCAAAUUCGGACUUUGAAGCCUCCCAUACGCGGAAACUCGGAAUUUCCGAGAUCCUAUGUCUCGGAAACUUCGAGUACGAUUCUCGGGGUCUCCAAAAUUAUGGAUCCUCGAGAUCUAUAAUUUUGGAAACCACGAGAAUCGUAUUUCGAGGUUUCUGGGACUUAGUAUCUUGGAACUUUCGAAUUUUCGUGUAUGGGGGGCCUCUAGUUCGAAUUUGGAGCUUCCAACGUCUGGGCAAAGUCCCGGACGGUCUUCGAAUUAAAAAACCUUUCGCACUAAACCUGGUAGCCGUGAAAAAUUUAAUUUUGUAAAAAAAAUAAAACACGUACAGGGUU